AUGUUCGCUGUACCUGGGUGGUCCGUCGACCCCUCUACUCUGAAGACCCAGACUGUACCUAAAAGUUCAAAGAGUGGCAAAAAUGGCUCGCAAGCACAGACUGCUAAGGCGCAAAAGUCGAAGAAGAGAAAAAGAGAAAGUCAUGGUCCUGAAGUGACCCAGGAAAACGUGGGGGAUUUAUACAAGAAAUUGAUCGAAGAAAAUGUCAAAAAAACCGACUUGUCGACGGCAGAUGAACAGAUAGAAGAGCGCAAGUCCCAAAAGAAACAGAAGCGAAAGCGAAACAAGAAGGAGGCUAAGGUUGAUGGGGAGCUCAAGGAAUCCCAACCAAGUAUUGCAGCGUCAUCAGCAACUGCUGAAGCUCCAAGUGCAGAUGGAAAUUCAAGGAAGAAACAGAUCAAUGGCAAUAAAGAACCACCACGUACUCAUAAUCCUACACAGCAAUCCAAUCCAUCCAAGAACCCAACUCCUGAUCCGAAGACUAAGAACCAGAAGCCCGACAAGAGACACAACCCUCACUCCCAACCUCACCUACCACCUUCAUCCUCUCUCCCACAAAAUUCCCCAACCACCUCUUCCAUCCCCGCCCCUGUUCCCCCUCCACAAGCAAAGCUGACGCCCCUUCAACAAAAAAUGCACCAAAAGCUACUCUCUGCCCGAUUCCGCCAUCUGAACCAAACCCUCUACACCACGCCUUCCAUCGCUGCCGCCACCCUCUUCUCCUCCGACCCCACGGCCUACAGCACCUACCACAGCGGGUUCCGCGCCCAAGUAGCCAGCUGGCCGUCCAAUCCGCUUGAGGGGUUCGUCGAGGAAUUUCGGGUGCGGAACUCUCUUCAAUCGGGGAGAGAUAGGAAGGGCAGGAAGAAAGGCGGAGAGAGUGGGGAGAAGAAAGGGAAGGACAUGUCUCUAGGGCAAGCUCUGCCUCGAGAUCACAAAUCAAACCUCUGUCGAGUCAUCGAUCUUGGAUGCGGAGACGCGCAAUUAUCCUCAUCCUUACAGACUCUUAAACACUCCAAAAGCAAGCCAGGUAUCAAGGUCCGGAGUUUCGACUUCCAGCUCCCUGAAGGCCCAACAAGCUCCUUGGUCGAGAAAGCAGAUAUCACGAACCUGAAAGCUGUGGGAGUGCAGGAAGGGGGGACAGAUAUCGCGGUUUGUUGCCUCAGUCUUAUGGGCACGAAUUGGGUGAAGGCGGUGGAUGAAGUGGGGAGGGUGCUGGUGAGGGGCGGGGAGGCCUGGGUGGCGGAGGUGAGGAGUAGGUUUAGGGGGAAGGAGGAGGUUGAGAGGAUGAGGAGGGAGAGGGAAGAGAAGAAGGUGGGGAAGAAGAAGGGAAAGAAGAGGAAAGGGGGUGAUGAGGAGGACGAGGUGGAAGAGGGCCCAGGGAUUCUGGAGGAGAUUGAGGGUGGGAAGGGUGAGGGUGAGGGAGAGGGAGAGGGAGAGGGGAAGGAUGCAAUUGAUGUUGGUGCGUUCGUGGAGGUGUGGAAACGGAGGGGGUUUGAGUUGAAGGGGAAGCCGGAUUUGGGAAAUAAAAUGUUUGUGAAGAUGCAAUUUGUGAAGGUGGGGCAGGUGCCGUCAGGGAGGUCUAGGGGAGAUGGAGACAGGGAGGAUCAAAAGAAGAGAUUCAUAGACAAAGAUGAGCCGGCGUUUGAUCCGGUGGAGGAAGGCAAGGUCUUGAAGCCUUGUGUGUACAAGACGAGAUAG